CUUCAUCAACAGCUGCACGCUGUAUUCUUGAUUAUUGUUCAUUCCGUGUGCAUUGACCCCUCUCCCAAACUUUGUUACUAACUUCCAACGCAUCCGGCCGCUGCUCCAACUCUACUUUCAUUCAUCACGCUUUUCCUCCUCAGUCUGCGCCGGUAACCUAACCACUUCGAUUUCUGCUUGACGGCGUGUCAGACUAAGCCACAAAACAGAUUGGCGCUCUGAAGUAUCUACCCGAGUGUUUAUCAAUUCAUCGUCUCCUCCAAUCACGAACGAUACUCAAGAUGACUACAAUCGUUGAGAAGCGAGGUGGCCAGACCAUCUAUCGGUCUCCGCACACCCUUGACCUUCCCAGCGUCGACCUGCUUACGUUCCUCUUCGACUCACCCAACGAGCGACUUCAUGAUGACACGGUCCUCCACGCCGACGCAGCGGAUCCAUCCCGGUCAAUCACCAAGUCGCGUCUAGUCAAGACGUUCAAGAGGCUGGCCCACACACUCCGGCACCAGUAUGGCAUCCAGAAGGGCGACGCUGUCCAGGUCAUUUUUACCGGACAUUACAUGGCUCCCGCCGUCUUCUAUGGCAUCAUGGCCGCUGGAGGCUCUGUCGCCGCAUCGACCCCAUCCUCGUCACCUCCCGAGGUCGCCCGGCAAGUCAAGCUGACAGAGAGCAAGAUGGUAAUCUGCAGCCCCGACCUCAAAGCUCUCGCGGCGGCUGGCGGCACAGCUGCCGGCCUACCAGAUGACCGCAUCCUCUACAUCGGAGAUAGCCACGAGUUUCAACUGUUCGAGGCCAAGUCCGACAAGCCGGUGUUCAUGCCGGAAACGGAACUCGACUGGGAACGCGUCACAGAUAAGACGACCCUGGAGAACACCGUUGGGUGCUUCAUCUACAGCAGCGGGACGACGGGAAUCCCCAAGGCGGUCAAAAUCUCCCAUGCCAACAUGAUCGCGCAAACAGUGUCCAUCUCCACGCCGACAAUGGAGUAUUUCAAGUCCCAGACCGCACCGAAGUACAUCACCGUUGCCCACUUACCUGCGGCUCACAUCUCGGGUCUCCAGGCUUACAUCAUCAACCAGACCUUCAUGGGAGGGGUGGUGUACUGGAUGAAGAAAUUUAACUUUGUCGACUUCAUUGAAAACGUCAAGAAGUACAAGGUCACGGUCUUCUUCAGCGUGCCGCCCAUCUACCUCAUGAUCGCAAAGUCCCCGCUCGUCAAGGACCACUUCGACCACGUCAAGUUCGCGUUGACGGGGGCCGCCGCGCUCGGAAGGGAGACGCAGGCAGAUGCGCAGAAAAAGAUGGGGAAAGGCAAGGCGGUCCUCGCCCAGACGUGGGGCCUCAGCGAGACGACGGGCGGGUUCACCAUCCUGCCCCCGCACAUCAAGGACGACACCGGCAGCGUCUCGGCGAUCGUGGCGAACUGCGAGGCCCGACUGGUCGACGACGAGGGCAAGGACGUCGAGGUUGGGCAGCCCGGCGAGAUGUGGUGUCGUGGGCCGAUCAUCACCAAGGGGUAUUACCACAACGACAAGGCCAACCAGGAGGCGUUUGUCGACGGCUGGUUCUGCACUGGCGACAGGUUAUUCUUCAAGGACGGCAAGUUUUACUUUGUUGACCGUAAAAAGGAGCUCAUCAAGUACAAGGGCUUCCAAGUGGCACCGGCCGAGCUUGAGUCUCUGCUGGUCACGCACCCCAAGAUUCAGGAUGCUGCCGUCAUUGGAGUAGAGGGCGAAGGGACCGAGCUCCCGAGAGCCUACGUUGUUGCUGACAAGAAGGAGAUAUCUGCCGAGGACAUUCAAAAGUGGGUGGCCGAGCAAGUCGCGAGCUACAAGAAGUUGAGGGGAGGUGUCAUUUUCAUCGACGCCAUCCCCAAGAGCCCGUCCGGCAAGAUUCUCCGCAAAGACCUCAGAGCAUUGCUCAAACGCGAGGCUGGCGCCAAACUGUAAGUCAGUGCUGGGUUUGGUCGUCUACUGGUGGAACUACACCGUUCUUUGCGACGCUCCCUGGCCAGAUCUCCGUGGAAGAAGGCGUUCUCCCAGCCCAUACAGAACCAAUGGACAUUUUUGAGACAUACGAAUAGGUACCUUCACUGCGAAGGCACACUGUGUAACACUUUUUGCAACGAAUCGGAGGGUAUCAGGAGUUCACAAGUCUGAUCAAUGUAUUUUAAUCUUCGAUUCACACCC